CGCAUGCGCUGUGAGCGAGUGUGAUAAAAUGGCAGACGUCUCUUUGGAUGAAGUGAUACGACAGCGCGGUAUUAACCUCAAGGCACCAGCGAAACGACCCAUGUUUGCACGGGGAGCAGGAGCAGUUGGCAAGAGCUUUGACGCUCGGCAAAAGAUUGGUGCCAAUGAUGUCAGACAGCGGCUUGGAGCAGCCUCAGGUUUUCAAGUGAAAGAUGCCAGAGAGAAGCUGGCUCAGAAGGAUGCUCGCUUUAAAAUCCGUGGCAGGGGAGGAGGAGCAGGUGGAGUGCAGGAUGCUCGUCAGAUGAUCAACUCACGCAAGCAGGGGCAGAAUCAGUUCGGUCUCCCUGCACAGACCACGCAGAAGUUGGCAGCAGUACACCAUCUGCAGGGCCAGACACCUGUGCCACAGAUACAGAUACACACCAACAACAAUCUUGUCGGUUUGAACACAAGGCAGUUUGCCCAUAAUGUACAAGGACUGAUUGCGAGGGGCGGCGCAACGCCACAGCUUAGCAAUAAUAAGAGAAUGAUGGAUGCCCGUGAUAGACUGAGCCUCAAGAGGAGCAUUGGCGGUACACAGACACAGGGAGCUGUUGCCCCACCUCUAAAAAUAACAAAGACCAUCCAGCAACGUCCAGUAGGAGUAGGGAUGUCAGCUGGAAUCCGCCCAGCCCCACAGCCUCUCUCAAACCAGCAUGAUGGCGCCCACAGUAAACAGAUGAAGAUCACAACAGCUCAUAAUAUGCUCCAAUCAAGGCCCGGUUCAGUGGGCUCCACAUUCUCCAUGUCAACCCCGAUCACCAAGGUGGUUAAAAAUGAUGCUUACACAGCCCCACGUCCUCCUGUCCCCAUUGCUCCCACCCGGCCCAACACCAGCAUGGCUGCCACCCGUUCCUCCGCUGCAGCUUUACAACCGGUCUCCAGGACUCUCAAGCAAAGCACAGCAGAAACCAGCACAGCAGCUCCUGCUCUGCCUCAGCCUGCUUUCAGUCCCUUGGAGGGGACAAAAAUAACGGUGAACAACCUGCACCCCAGGGUCACUGAGGAAGACAUAGUUGAACUGUUCUGUGUGUGCGGGGCCUUGAAGCGAGCGCGGCUGGUGAAGGUGGGCGUGGCUGAAGUGGUGUUUGUGCGUAAAGAUGAUGCCGUGAGCGCAUACAGGAAGUACAACAAUCGCUGCCUGGACGGCCAACCCAUGAAAUGUAACCUUCAUAUUCAGGGAAAUGUCAUCACUUCGGAUCAGCCCAUUCUAUUGAGGCUCAGUGACACUCCAGGCGCGAGCAGCAGCACAAAGAAAGACGGUCUGCCCCCCUCCUUGUCUCGCCCCCUCGGUCAGCGGGCCUCCUCUCAGCCCACUCCAGAGGUGGACCCUCAGACCAUCCUCAAAGCUUUGUUCAAGUCCACCGCACAGUCCACCUCCACCACCGAGCCCCCCAGCUCACAGGCCACUGCCUUUCGCAUCAAGAUAUAGAUUGUGUCCAGUGUGAAUACACUGUUUGUUCAUAAACAUAUUACUACAUUCUCAGUGUUCUCAUACAAACUGUGGUUUUCAUCUUGACAGCAGGUGGCCUCCAUUCUCUCAUACGAAACAGAUUUUUACACAUUUGAUAUACAUGACGUCUCUGAACUGGAAAUUCGUGAAAACGCAAAGUCGUGUUCUUGGUUUUGUGGCAUCCAAAUGUUAACUGUUUGUUCCUGAGAUGGACUAGUGGAAGGAAAUGUGAUGUGAUUUGUUGUUUUAAUCCAAUGUGGUGGCGGAUGCCAAAUCAAACUGGAUGUGUAGGGUUUUUUUAUUUAAUUUUUUCGUCAAUUCAAUAACAGCCCAUUUGGAUAUGUUGAGUUUUUUUAAUUUUUUAUUUCCAGUUUAUCUUUACCCCUCCCCCCACACACACACAAAAAAAAUAGGCAUUAAAAAAAGACUUGACAAAGGAAUUGAUAGAUACUGAGCAGCAUUGUCAUUAUUAAGAUAAUCAUAGUGUUUAAGGCUCUAGAUACAUCCACACAGAUGUGUGCUCUUAUAUUGCCCUUGCCUCUUUUUGCAAAUUUUGGGUGCACUCAGACCAUAGAAAUAAAAUGGAAUAAUGACAAAACUAAAAGUAGAAUAAACAUCACCAUACAGUAGAUACUAUGUCGAGCUGAAAAGGCAGGAAAAUUAAGUCUUCAGCGAUUCCUCGCCACUAGUCUACCUAACUUAAACCUGGAACGAGGUCUUCCCAGCCGAAAACCCGAAAACAUCUGGUUGGAUAAAUCGGGGAUUAACAAAAACUAUAAUACCACAAUUUCAGUAAACCAGUUGUCAUAUUACGUUGAUAUUUUGUUUUUACCAUCCCUGUGGCAACCAGAUUGUCGUGUGCUCCAUUCUCGCGAAUGGUUUUACUUUGUUGUUUAAUUUUGCAGCAGUACAUGUGUAAAUCUUCCCUAGUAUACAUUACACCUGAUUUAUGUUCAAAGACUGUAAAUUACUUUCUGUUGCUUUCUUUGUAUCAGUCGAGGGACUAGAGAGGUCAGAUCUGUCUGUGAAAUGUCACCAUUAAAUAUUUAGC